GCACCUUUGCUUCCGGCUUUGCUAAAUUCAGGGCAAAGCUGACUCCAGAGGGUAGGAAGGUACCUAAACACCUGUUACUUUGUUAGUUUGAGACCACAGGGGCCAGCGUGUGGAUUGAGGGUGGAGUUUUGGGACAAGCCUGCCAUCCUUUGACAAAGUCUCCGGUUCACUGGAGCGCUGCCUGCCCGAAUACUCCAACUCUUGAGUGUGCUUACUGUGGAGCUCUACGACCGUAUAGCAGACGCCUCUCUGGAUCUCGACCUGUUCACCUAGCCCCUCCCAGGUCAGAAGCAGCGACCCCACUAAGGUGAUCUCAUCAUACAGAAACUGAUGACUGAGCUAGAACUCCACCACUCAGCCAUCAACACGACCUUACCCCAGAUAGGAAGCCCCCGGUCUCUCUUCCCUUGACACCCCAAUGCUAUCUCCAGCCUAGGAAAGUGAGCGAGUGAGUGUGUGUGUAUACACGCGCGAGUGGACGGGUGGGUGGGCGGUGGGGCACUAGAUCUUCAGGUAAAAAGAACUGCAGAAAAUUCAGAAGCAGUCUGGACGGAGGAGAGGGGAUCAUGGUUUCUCCCCACUGCUCCCCGUGGGAAAGACCGUUAUCAGGAUGUGCACGAGUUUUGCAUCAACCCCUCCUCUUUUCUUGAACUUGCCUUUACAGAAACAAUGUUGCUCUCUUUGUCUUUGUCCUGGACUACCUGAUUCAUUCAGUCUCCUCAAGAAGGUAAAACAAUUUAAUAGACAAUGUCAGAGCACAGUAAUGCAAAAGUAUGCAAAUCGAUGCCAGAGGUAUGCAUAUAGCUGUUAAAUGCCUAGGAGCCUGGGGCUCCGCCCCCCCCCCUCCGGUUUUAUCCUUGUUCUUAGCCUCCUGCAAGAACUAGUAGAUUAGAGCGUCUGAAGCAGGACUCCGGUUCAAGACUCGGCACCUUGUCCCCUGGCCUCUCGGCUGCCAAACGGGCGGCCGCGGGGUAAAGGGGUGGACGUGCCAUGCAGUUAUUCCUCACCCACUCCCAACUUCCGCUCCAAACCACCCCAGCCUCCAGCACUGCGCCGAUAAGACCCCGAACUUGGGAGGAAAUGAAAGCCAGGGCUUUGACAGCCAGAGGAGUGUUCUUGCUCUUUUGCCUAAGGGCCGUUAAAAGAGAGAUGGGAUUCUUGUUUUAAAGUCAGUCGUAAGGGCAGAGUCCGACAGAGCCUCGCCCCUCAUCUUGGCUGCUUUGAGAAAGGAGGGAAACUCUCAUGCAGUGUCCAGAACCCGACCAGGACGCGGGGCGCGGGGCGGGGACUCCAACUCGCGCGCUACGCAACUCUAGUAGUCUCUGGCCCUGCUAGCGGCCAUCCGGGUGGGGAUGGGAGGGUGGAAGGAGGCGGAUUAAUCCCUUAAUUACGCGGUGAUCGGCGUGGCACCUGCUUUCCGCCCGCCCAGCUCCCGGGGGACCCCGGCACUGGGGGGUGGAGAGAAGGACGAGGGAAGGAGGAGGGCACGCUGAGGCACGCACCGUACCCAGGCGCGCCGGCAGGAGAGCGGCACCGUGGCUGGGGCAGUGCGCAGAGGCUGUGGAGGGGCUUACGGCUCCCGGCCCGCGGGUCUCAGACCCAGGGGCUGGGCCCCGAGCCCCCCGCCCCGGUCCCAGUUGGGUCGCGCCAUGCUGCGCUACCUGCUCAAAACACUGCUGCAGAUGAACUUGUUCGCGGACUCCCUGGCGGGGGACAUUUCCAACUCCAGUGACCUGCUCUUCGGCUUCAACUCCUCGGUAGCGGCGCUCAACCACAGCCUGCUGCCCCCCGGCGAUCCCUCUUUCAACGCGUCAAGGGUCGAGCCGGAGGACGCGAUGCCGCGCAUCGUGGAGCAGCCGCCUGAUCUGUUGGUCUCCAGAGGCGAGCCGGCCACUCUGCCCUGUCGCGCGGAGGGCCGGCCCCGGCCCAACAUCGAGUGGUACAAGAAUGGGGCGCGAGUGGCCACUGCGCGCGAGGACCCGCGCGCGCACCGCCUGCUGCUGCCCAGCGGGGCACUCUUCUUCCCGCGCAUCGUUCACGGGCGCCGCGCGCGGCCCGACGAAGGUGUCUACACUUGCGUGGCGCGCAACUAUCUGGGGGCAGCGGCUAGUAGAAAUGCCUCGCUAGAAGUGGCAGUCCUCCGUGAUGAUUUCCGGCAGUCUCCUGGGAACGUGGUGGUGGCAGUGGGGGAGCCAGCGGUAAUGGAAUGCGUGCCUCCCCGUGGCCACCCGGAGCCUUCCGUGUCUUGGAAGAAGGACAGUGCAAGACUCAAGGAGGAGGAGGGAAGGAUCACGAUUCGUGGAGGGAAGCUGAUGAUGUCACAUACACUCAAGAGUGAUGCAGGGAUGUAUGUGUGUGUGGCCUCCAACAUGGCAGGAGAACGGGAGAGUGGGGCAGCCGAACUUGUGGUCCUGGAGCGACCCUCAUUCCUGCGUAGACCUGUGAAUCAGGUGGUCCUGGCAGAUGCCCCCGUGGAUUUCCCAUGUGAGGUGCAAGGAGAUCCCCCGCCUCGUCUAAGAUGGCGCAAGGAAGAUGGGGAACUACCCACAGGCAGGUAUGAGAUCCGGAGUGACCACAGCCUUUGGAUCGGGCGUGUGAGUGCGGACGAUGAGGGGACGUACACCUGUGUGGCUGAGAACAGCGUGGGCCGUGCCGAAGCAUCUGGCUCCCUCAGUGUUCACGUCUCCCUUCUGAGUACCCUGACUCCCUGUUCCUUUAUCCCCUCCCCCUUCCCAGUCCCUCCCCAGCUGGUCACCCAGCCCCAGGACCAGAUGGCAGCUCCUGGAGAGAGCGUGGCUUUCCAAUGCGAGACCAAAGGAAACCCCCCACCUGCCAUCUUCUGGCAGAAGGAGGGAAGUCAAGUCCUGCUUUUCCCCAGUCAACCACUUCAGCCCAAGGGGCGCUUCUCAGUCUCUCCCAGAGGCCAGCUCAACAUUACUGAUGUGCAGAGUGGGGAUGCUGGCUACUAUGUGUGUCAGGCUGUUAGUGUGGCCGGCAGCACCCUGGCCAAGGCCCUGUUGGAGGUAAAAGCAGCCUCCUCCUUGGACGGGCUGCCUCCCAUCAUCCUCCAGGGACCAGCCAAUCAGACGCUGGCACUUGGCUCCUCUGUGUGGCUGCCAUGCAGAGUGACUGGGAACCCUCAACCUAGCAUCCAGUGGAAGAAGGAUGGGCAGUGGCUGCAGGGGGACAACGUGCAACUCAAUCUAAUGGCCAACGGUACCCUGUACAUCGCCAGGGUGCAGGAGAUGGACAUGGGUUUCUACAGCUGUGUGGCCAAGAGUUCCACAGGGGAGGCCACAUGGAGUAGCUGGCUUAGGAGGCGGGAUUAUCGCCUCACUGCAGAGGACUGGGGAGUUUCAUCAGAGCCCCCUACGGAGCCCAGUACCCCUCCAGGGCCUCCCUCUCAGCCACUGGUCACUGAGAUCACCAAGAACAGCAUUACCCUGACCUGGAAGCCCAACCCGCAGGCGGGGGCCACAGUCACCUCUUACGUGAUAGAGGCCUUCAGCCAAGCAGCUGGCAACACGUGGCGGACAGUGGCAGAUGGUGUGCAGCUGGAGACACACACUGUCAGCGGUCUGCAGCCCAACACCAUCUAUCUGUUCCUGGUACGAGCUGUGGGAGCCUGGGGCCUCAGUGAGCCCAGCCCCGUCUCUGAGCCUGUCCGCACCCAGGACAGCAACCCAUCCAGGCCAGUGGAGGACCCAUGGAGAGGCCAGAGGGGACUGGCUGAAGUGGCCGUGCGUAUGCAGGAGCCCAUAGUCCUUGGGCCCCGGACCUUGCAGGUGUCCUGGACUGUAGAUGGCCCAGUCCAGCUGGUGCAAGGUUUCCGAGUGUCUUGGAAGGUAGCAGGCCCUGAUGGGGGACACUGGACAGUACUGGACCUACAGUCCCCAAGCCAGCAAAGUACUGUGCUAAGAGGACUCCCCCCAGGGACCCAAAUUCAGGUCAAGGUGCAAGCCCAAGGCCAGGAGGAGCUGGGGCCUGAAAGUCCCUUCAUGACCAGAAGCAUUCCUGAGGAGGCCCCCAGUGGUCCCCCCCAGGGAGUGACAGUAGCCCUGGGGGGUGAAGGCAACAGCAGUGUCACAGUGUCCUGGGAACCUCCACUCCCUUCCCAGCAAAAUGGGAUCAUCAAAGAAUACCAGAUAUGGUGCCUGGGCAAUGAGAGUCGCUUCCACCUCAACCGGUCUGCGGCAGGCUGGGCACGCUCCGCGGUGCUCCGGGGACUGCUGCCCGGUGUUCUCUACCGGACCCAGGUCGCGGCGGCCACCAGCGUGGGCGUGGGCGUGGCCAGUGCCCCGGUGUCAGUGCAACUGCCUUCCCCGCCGGGAUUGGAGCCUGGGCUCGAGGUGGGCCCGGGGCUGGCGGAGCGGCUGGCGAGGGUGCUGCGGGAGCCUGCCUUCCUCGCGGGCAGCGGCGCCGCGUGCGGGGCGCUGCUCCUCGGGCUCUGCGGCGUCCUCUACCGGCGCCGGAGGCAGCGCAAGGAGCUCAGUCACUACACGGCCUCCUUUGCCUACACACCUGCAGGUAAGAUAUCUCUGCUCCAGUGGGGUUCAGACCCCAAGUACGGGCCCUUCUCUCACUCAGUGUCCCCCUCAUCUUCCCCAGUGUCCUUCCCACACUCAGAGGGCCUCUCUGGAGCCAGUUCCAGGCCACCCAUGGGCCUUGGCCCCGCCCCCUACCCAUGGCUAGCAGACUCGUGGCCCCACCCAUCUCGAAGCCCCUCAGCCCCGGAGCCCAGGGGAAGCUGCUGCCCCAGCAAUCCUGACCCAGAUGACAGAUAUUACAAUGAAGCAGGAAUCUCCUUGUACCUGGCUCAGACGGCCCGGGGUCCUGCCGCCCCGACUGAGGGUCCUGUCUACAGCACCAUUGACCCAGCUGGGGAGGAGCUGCAGACCUUCCACGGGGGAUUCCCCCCAAAUCCCUCAGGGGAUCCAGGCACCUGGAGCCAGUAUGCUCCUCCAGAAUGGAGCCAGGGGAACAGUGGAGCCAGGGGAGGCAAAGUAAAGCUUCUGGGAAAACCUGUGCAGAUGCCCUCUCUCAACUGGCCAGAAGCCCUGCCACCACCUCCCCCUUCCUGUGAACUGAGCUGCCUAGAGGGGCCUGAGGAGGAGCUGGAGGGCGGCUCAGAGCCAGAAGAGUGGUGUCCACCAAUGCCUGAGAGGAGCCACCUGGCAGAGCCCAGCUCCAGUGGAGGGUGCUUGGUUCCUCCGUCCCAAGGGGAAGCCCCCUCUCCCACAUCUUCCUAUGGACAGCAGUCCACAGCCACUCUUACCCCCUCACCUCCUGACCCUCCCCAGCCCCCCACUGACAUCCCCCAUCUCCACCAGAUGCCCAGGAGGGUGCCCCUUGGUCCAAGUUCCCCUCUCAGUGUAUCCCAGCCCACUCUGAGUAGCCAUGAAGGGAGGCCUGCUGGCCUGGGUGCUGGACCCACAGUCUCCCAUCACCUCAGCCCCAGCCCUGUCCCUAGUACAGCCAGCAGUGCCCCAGGGAGAACCCGGCAGGUGCCUGGGGAGAUGACUCCUCCACUUCAAGUGCCCCGUGCCCGAAUCCGGAAACCCAAGGCUGUUCCCUACCGACGGGAGCACAGUCCUGGGGGUGAGGGUGCCAGGGGCCUGAGAGAUGGUGAAAGGAGGGGGAACAGGCAGGAAACCAAGGACUUGCCCCCGCCGCCCUUGCCGCCACCAGAGGAAGAGGCAAGCUGGGCCGUAGGGCUGAGGGCAGCAGGCAGCAUGUCCUCCUUGGAACGGGAACGGGAGCGCAGUGGAGAGAGGAGAAUGGUGCAGGCCGGGCCCUUGGGGGCCCAGCGGGGUCCCCACCUGGAUGAAGAGGCCUGGCUCCCUUACAGCCGACCCAGCUUCCUGUCCCGGGGCCAGGGCACCAGCACCUGUUCCACAGCUGGCAGCAACUCCUCCAGAGGCUCCAGCAGCUCCCGAGGCUCCCGGGGCCCUGGACGGAGCCGGAGCCGGAGCCGGAGCCAAAGACCAGGACGGAAACGCGGAGAGGUGGGGGCUGGGGAACCAAGAUGACCCUGGAUGAGGCUAUCAGGAGUUCCACGGGGAAGGGCUUGUCCCUGGGCCGGGAGCCUUGGAUGGGAGCCCCUCCCCCUGGUAAAUGGGUGUGAGCAGAGAGGAGCAGGGGGGGCCCUCUUCCCUCCCAGCAAUGAUGCUUAAAAGCCAGAGAGCCAGCUCUUCCUACCUGAAACUUUCCACCUCUUUCUACCUGAAACUCAUGUGUAAAAGGGACAAAUAAAAAGAGUCUGUUCAGA